CUAGGACUUUAUGCUUAAAAUGAUACUUCAUGCAAGGCUUAUUUUCCUGGUAGGAAGUACGUUUGGAAGGACUAGAAGAAACAAGCAGCAACUUAAUAUGGUGCUUUCAUUAGAGACUUUUGAUUCUCAAGGUCUCCCAUAAUAUACAAUAUGCGCAGCAUGACACCAGAGCAGGAUCUCAAUCUUAUUUAAGGAGCUCGGUGGCACCAUAUAAGGUUAUGGGAUGCAGACCCAAGGAGAGGGAAUAAAUUUCUUGUUUGUUACUCCUGUUUUUGAUCAGCUUUGGCACAUUCUGAUGAGCUUACACCUUUUAAGAUGGUCCCUAUGGAGGUAGAAUAUGUCAUCUCUAUUGCAGAAAGUAAUGGAGUUGCUGCUGGCAAGAAAGAAGUAACAUCUUCACAGGGAACAGAAAUCGAGCAUGCUGAUGAGGGAAGACAUCAAAGCUCAGAAAGUGCCAGAAAGCUUCCCAAAGUGCAUACAUCAGAGCAUGACAAGACUGAGGAGAGCUGAUGCUGGAAAUGGGAGGAGAGAAGGAACACUUAGCAAAAGCAAGUAUCUAGAGAUUAAGAGAAACCUUCGCUGGGCCAUGUCGUUUUCUUACUAAUCCCCGCAUUGAAGAUAAUGAAGGAGUUAAUCAUAAUGCUGGAGCAGAUGCUCAGCUCAGCAAAGUUCCAGGAGGACCAGCCAAGGACCUGGUUUAUUGGUAACCUGUGUUUAUGCAUUAAUAUACAGGCAUUAUAUUUUGUUUGAGUAUGAUUCCACAGGGUAUUUUAAGUAGUGUAAUUAGUUUGCUGUUGAAUAGACAAAUAUGUUAUUCUUUUAUAUAUGGGUAGAUGGUAGAAUUAGAAAGAUCUCUUACACUCUAUAAUUUCAUUGAAUAAUUUAAUUAUCUAACUCCAUAGCUCUAGAGAUGGAACUUUGGAGGUUUUUUCUGGCCUGACAGCUGUAGCCUAUCGACUUAACCUUCUGGAAAAACUCUAGCUGCGCAUAGAACGACUUUGCAGACAAAUGAAGUGGAGAAGCAAACUCUGGAGUCUUUGCAGCCCAGGAGCCUAGGAGGAGGAAUCUCUGGCACCAAAUUCCUGUAGAACAGAGGGACUUCACUGGACUGUUUUGCAGAAGACAGGAAUUUUUUGCAAUACUUGGUGAUUGGAUACGGUGACACAGAAAACUUGAAAGGCUGUCUGUUCAUCAUGUCUUCUAUUCUUGAGAAGAUGAAGAAAUUUGGCAGUUCUGACAUUGAAGAAUCUGAAGUGACAGAUGAACACACAGAUGGGGAAGACUCUGCUCUGGAAACAUCUGACAACCUCCAGGGUGCAUUCAGCAGCAAGGUGCAGCCAUGCAAAAGCAACAUCUUUGCAAGACGUGGACGGUUUGUGAUGGGGGAUAGUGACAAGGACAUGGCUCCAAUGGACUCCUUUUACCAGAUGGAUCACCUGAUGGCACCGUCUGUCAUCAAAUUUCAUGCCAAUUUGGAGAGGGGGAAACUUCACAAGCUCCUGUCAACAGAUUCCAUCACAGGCUGCUCUGAAAAAGCUUUCAAAUUUUAUGACCGCAGAAGGAUCUUUGAUGCUGUAGCCCGUGGCAGCACAAAGGACCUGGAUGAUCUGCUGCUCUAUCUUAAUAGGACCUUGAAGCAUCUCACAGAUGAUGAAUUCAAAGAACCAGAAACUGGGAAAACCUGCUUACUGAAAGCCAUGCUGAAUCUACAUGAUGGGAAAAAUGAUACCAUUCCCUUGCUGCUGGAUAUUGCAAAGAAAACUGGAACUCUGAAGGAGUUUGUAAAUGCAGAAUAUACUGACAACUACUACAAGGGCCAGACUGCACUCCACAUUGCCAUUGAGAGAAGGAACAUGUACCUGGUAAAACUCUUGGUCCAGAAUGGAGCAGAUGUUCAUGCAAGAGCAUGUGGGGAGUUCUUCAGGAAAAUCAAAGGGAAACCUGGUUUUUAUUUUGGAGAGCUGCCCCUGUCCCUAGCUGCUUGCACCAAUCAGCUCUGCAUUGUGAAAUUCCUCCUUGAGAAUCCCUACCAGGCUGCUGACAUUGCUGCUGAGGACUCCAUGGGCAAUAUGGUCCUGCAUACUCUGGUGGAGAUUGCAGAUAAUACUAAGGAUAAUACCAAGUUCGUUACCAAGAUGUACAAUAACAUAUUGAUCCUUGGUGCCAAAAUAAAUCCUAUCCUGAAGCUGGAAGAACUCACCAAUAAAAAGGGGCUGACUCCUUUAACAUUGGCAGCCAAAACAGGGAAGAUAGGGAUUUUCGCUUACAUCCUCAGACGAGAGAUCAAAGAUCCUGAGUGCAGACACUUAUCUAGGAAGUUCACUGAAUGGGCUUAUGGACCUGUCCACUCAUCUCUUUAUGACCUGUCCUGCAUAGAUACAUGUGAGAAAAAUUCAGUGCUUGAAAUUAUUGCCUACAGUAGUGAAACACCAAAUCGUCACGAGAUGCUGCUGGUAGAACCCCUUAACAGGCUGCUGCAAGAUAAGUGGGACCGGUUUGUCAAGCACUUAUUUUACUUCAACUUCUUUGUGUAUGCAAUUCAUAUCAGCAUCCUCACCACAGCUGCCUAUUACAGACCUGUGCAGAAGGGGGAAAAGCCUCCCUUCACUUUUGGUCACAGCACUGGGGAAUAUUUUCGAGUGACUGGAGAGAUCCUGAGUGUAUUGGGAGGACUGUAUUUUUUUUUCAGAGGGAUACAGUAUUUUGUGCAGAGGCGCCCAUCAUUGAAGACACUGAUAGUGGACAGUUACAGUGAAGUUCUUUUCUUCGUUCACUCGUUACUCCUCCUGAGCUCUGUGGUGCUGUACUUCUGUGGCCAGGAACUAUAUGUGGCUUCCAUGGUCUUCUCCUUGGCUCUGGGCUGGGCUAACAUGCUAUACUACACCCGUGGCUUCCAGCAGAUGGGCAUUUACUCUGUCAUGAUUGCAAAGAUGAUCCUAAGAGACUUAUGUCGCUUCAUGUUUGUCUAUCUAGUAUUCCUCUUGGGAUUUUCCACAGCUGUGGUGACUUUAAUUGAAGAUGACAAUGAGGGACAGGACACAAAUAGCUCUGAAUAUGCCCGAUGCAGCCACACAAAACGAGGCCGCACAUCCUAUAACAGUCUGUAUUAUACCUGCUUAGAACUUUUCAAGUUCACUAUUGGGAUGGGAGACCUGGAGUUUACAGAGAACUACAGGUUCAAGUCUGUGUUUGUCAUCCUUUUGGUUCUCUAUGUCAUCCUCACAUACAUCCUCCUGCUCAAUAUGCUUAUUGCGCUGAUGGGAGAAACUGUGAGCAAAAUUGCACAGGAGAGCAAGAGCAUCUGGAAACUCCAGAGAGCCAUCACGAUCUUGGAUAUAGAAAACAGCUACUUGAACUGUUUGAGGCGUUCAUUCCGAUCUGGAAAGCAAGUCUUGGUGGGGAUCACACCUGAUGGCCAAGAUGAUUACAGAUGGUGCUUUAGAGUUGAUGAAGUGAACUGGUCCACGUGGAAUACUAAUUUGGGAAUAAUCAACGAAGAUCCUGGGUACUCUGGGGACCUCAAACGAAAUCCCAGUUACUGUAUUAAGCCUGGUAGAGUUUCAGGGAAAAACUGGAAAACUUUGGUUCCACUUUUAAGAGAUGGAAGCAGGAGAGAAGAAACACAAAAACUACCUGAAGAAAUCAAACUAAAACCCAUUUUGGAACCUUAUUAUGAGCCAGAGGAUUGUGAGACAUUGAAGGAAUCGCUUCCAAAGUCAGUCUGAUCUUCUCUUGUUUUUAAGAAGGUUAAUUCUAGUUGUUUGUGUUGGUUCUUACAAGGAGGACAAUUAAAGCACUUCCUUCAUAAGAACAGGGAUUUGUGGAAAAAGGCCAAAGAAGUUAGGAACUGACUGUGUGCAAGGAUUCAUUAAGUAUCUUGAAUAAACUACCAGUUGUUUAAGCUCAUGUCUUCAUGGUUAUUUUUAAUAUAAAUCUGAAAGAAAGUAGGUACUUACUGCUUGAUUUAUAUUUACUUGGCUAGAUAUUUGUAAGUCAGCCUACAUGUGAAGUGUUAGAUAAUUCUUAUAGUUUGAUGUUGGUUUGUUUGCUUUCUUUUGCUUUGCUUUACGUUAAAUACACUGAGAAUUUCCCACAGUUCAGAGCUGUCUGAAGUGAGCAGUUUUUUCCUGCAGAUUUUUUUCCCAGUCUUCAUUUCUUUCACUCUUUGCAAAUUCUCUCCUGCAUUUCUGAGGUCUGAGCUGACAUUCUUCUUGUUGGCCCUUCACUAAGUUUUGCAGAUUGGUACAAGUGGCCAGUAAUGGUGAAUGUUCUGUUGAUUCUAUGAAAAUAACAAAAAGGCCUAUAGUUAUCACUUGCCUCUCUGCACAUAGUAGAUUUCAUACUUCGUCUACUUUUAGAUUCUUUUAACAAGUGUUUCUCUGAGCAGCUGCAGGCCUUGAUUUCAUGAUUUUCCAGCCCUGAAAACCAACUAACUGUGUUAAAAUGGAAAUGGGUAAGAGCAGUAAAAAUUACCAAGCGACCAGAGGUAGGUUGCUGUGAAGAAUGUUUCUUGGAGAGGAGAUAAAUAGGGACACACUGAGGGUAAGUAAUGAAUCAUCUAAAGAUGUUGUUAGUCUUUCUCAUAACAGAAGAACAAACAUACUCUGAAACUGUAAAUGUUGGGUAGUCAAAAUGAAUAAAAUGUUUCUUACAGAGUCUGAGUAAACACUAGAAUACACAGUUACUGUUACUGAGGCUGAAAGCUUAACAGUAUCCCAAAUUUGACAUUUAUUUAUAUAACAGAUGAACUUUGCAUAACGUAAGAGAGCGCGGCUAUAUAGACUGUAUGUUUCAAAGGUCAGGUUUAUAAUAAUGAGUAACAGUAAUAAUUUUGAAAUCAGAGUUUUUAUUCUUGGCUUCAACAGCAUUGGGAGGAAAGCAGCUGGUCAGAAAGGAAGGAUGAGAAAAUCUGUGCUCAAGAACUGACCCAAUGAUCCAGUGCUGGAUCUAUGCAGCUGUGAUGGGCAAGAAAAGGCUCAGCUCACCUUGCCAGUCAUGCUGGCUCAGAAGCAAAGGAAAUGGAGUUGAUGUGCUCACCUCAUCUGUCUGUGAGUGACUUUAAUUAGCAGUAAGUGUAAAUAAUGAGUGUAAAUGUGCAUAUGAUGGGAGACAGCAAGAAGUGGGUUCAUCUAAGGUGAGUUGGGCUUCAUUUUACUGGGGAUAGAAAAUGGGCUGAUUAACAUGUGUAAAAGCCAAAUGUUGAUCUCAGUGUGCUACAGUGCUGCCUAGUCAGUCACAUAAGCUGCUGCAUCUUUCAAAUUCCAACAAUUUCUGAAGUAUUUGAGGAAAGUAUAUAUAUAUAUUACCUGAAAAAUGUGGAGCCACAUAACCUGUAUUAUAUAUUGUUGCCUGAAUAUCACUUGUCCUAAUUAAACUCUCAGUGUUAAUCCCUUCUCAGGCAGCACUUUGUCAGUUUUUGGUGGGCUCUAUGGGAGACUGCACAGCCCACCAGGGGGCCCCCACGCUGUGUGCAGAGAUCCUUAUGCAGUCCCGAAGUACCCCAUAGCUGACUUGCCCCAGGAAAACCCCUCUUGCUCUGACACCUCUGUCUUCCUAUACUGCCUCCAGUCAUAUUCAUCAUGCAGGAUCACAUUUAUCUUUGCCAAAAGCCAGGUAAUCCCACUGCCCUUGUGUGGCAAACAUUUGUGACAAAUGUACUUUGAGUCUUUCUUGCUCUGUUAGGCAAUAGGCAAAGAUGUAGCAGGGCCUGAAAGGAAUGUCUUAAUCAAUGCUGCCAUAUGCAGCAUGGGUACUCUGGGUCUUCUGUUGUGGUUACAGAGCUCUGAAGUGCUUCCCAUCACCCACACCAUGCGGACUGGGAUUGCUUCUGACUCUGGAAUAGUUUCUACGGAGAAAAUAUGGACCCAGUUUCAUCAGAUAUUAAACUGUACAAAACACUUCAGGGUGGAUGGUGGAGAGUAUGCUGUGUUUUUGAGAAGGAAAGGAAAUCAACCAAAUGAUCUCAUGAGACUUCUGCUUUUUUGAUACUGUGUUGGUGAUACUGUGGCAGAGCUACAUCACUAUUAGUAAUGCUUCCUGUUUCAGUCUGCAGAAAAUGAGUGGGUAUGAGGAGACAUGAAUAUUUACAAAAUCACUGAGGUUUUCAGACUCCAUCAUCAACCAAAAUUGUACUUGUCUGUCAUUGUUUUAAUCAGCCUCCCUGAACAGUUUAGUCACCUGAAUGUUGACAGGAAAGGUCAUGACACCUGGAAUUGCCAUGUCAGCCGACUGUGGAGCAGCCAAGGAAAGCAACUCCCAGUGACAGGAACCGGGAGGAAGUUUGUCCUACUCACUCAGCCAGUAGGAGCAGUUUUAAGCAAUGUCAUCAAGUGGAAGUCAUUUCUUUCCAAGGUGGUAUAGUAGGUGUAGCUCUUAUUCCAAAGGUGAGUGUGGAUAAUGAACCACCCAGGGAAAAGGGAUUGUGUCCCCAGUUUCUGAAACUCAAGAGUCUUUAAUUGACAUA